AAGUUUGAAUUCAUCUUGCUUCGUAUUUGCUUCAUUAUUCUGCAUCAUGACAUCAAUAGUAAUGAAAUUGCUUAUCCAUUCUUCUGUCCUUAUUUCCAGAUGGAUAAUGAAUUGAGGCCCUUCCCAUGUGAUAUUGGAGACAGAUUUGACUAUGAGUGCUGUGGGCAAGAAGUACAAGUUGAGCACAUCAAGGCAUAUGUCUGCAAACCCCUUGCCAGCACGGACAAAGCUGUGAUUGUGAUUCAAGAUGUGUUUGGAUGGCAACUCCCAAACAUGAGACACACGGCUGAUAUAGUUGCAGCUCAUGGAUACAUAGCCAUCUGCCCAGACGUUUUUGCAGGAAAAGAAGCUUGGAAGCCUUCCGAUGACUGGUCCAACCUUGAUGAUUGUCUGAAAGCUCAAGAUCCCAGAAAAAUAAACAAAGAAGCUGAUGCUAUUCUGAAAUAUCUAAAGGAACAGUGUGGUGCUAAGAGAUUAGGGGUCAUCGGUUUUUGAUGGUGUGGUGUUGCUGUACAUCACAUGAUGCUGACAUACCCCAAAUUAAGGGCUGGUGUAUCUCUCUAUGGUCUAAUCAAGGAUUCUGAUGAUGUGUCCAAUCUGCUGAACCCUACAUUUUUCAUUUUUGCUGAAAAGAUGACUUCAUUCCCCUUCAUCAAGUACGGCACCCUACUGGAGCAGAAGCUAAAGCAAAAUUGUAAAGCUGAUUAUCAGGUUAAAAUUUAUCCUGGACAAACUCAUGGUUUUGUACAUCACAUAAGAGAAGAUAUCAAUCCUAAGGAUAAGCCUUAUAUUGAGGAAGAAAGAAAGGAUAUGAUCAACUGGCUGAAUAAAUAUAUUUAA